UCUUAUGUGACUCACUCAUCAUAAUAUUUCCCUUCUUUUUUUCUUUCUUCUUCUUCUUCAUUUCUUCUACACAGAGAGAGCUUAAAACAGAGGCGUACUCAGAACCAGAGAUAAUAAGGCAAAAAUGACGGUUUUUUCUUCUUCUUCGUCUCUUAAAUUCUUCUGGAUAUGUACAUUGAUGACGAUUCUACUCUUAUUUGUUACUGUAAUUGCUUCAACAGAUGCCAAACCGAGGUCAGGUGAAACGACGCAGUCUCAGAGCUUUGAGAACUCAACAAUGGAGGACGGGUCAGGUGAAGCAUGGAAUGAGCAUGCUGUGGAAGAUCCGGAGGAGAUUGCUUCUAUGGUUAAUGAGAGCAUAGGCAACAGCACAGCAAGGAGGAAUUUAGGAUACUUCUCAUGUGUAACUGGCAACCCAAUUGAUGACUGUUGGAGAUGUGACCCUCAUUGGCAGCUUCACAGGAAACGGUUAGCUAACUGUGGUAUUGGUUUCGGACGUAACGCUGUCGGUGGUCGAGAUGGUCGAUACUAUGUGGUCACUGACUCAGGCAAUGAUGAUCCAGUUAACCCAAGACCAGGCACAUUGCGUCACGCUGUUAUUCAAGAUAGACCUUUGUGGAUUGUGUUCAAGAGAGACAUGGUGAUUACGCUCAAACAAGAGCUUAUUAUGAACAGUUUCAAGACUAUUGAUGCCCGUGGAACUAAUGUUCAUAUUGCUAACGGGGCUUGCAUUACCAUCCAAUUUGUCACCAAUAUUAUCAUUCAUGGUCUUCAUAUCCAUGACUGUAAGCCCACCGGUAAUGCCAUGGUUCGAAGCUCCCCUAGUCAUUAUGGAUGGAGGACAAUGGCUGAUGGAGAUGCCAUAUCCAUUUUUGGAUCUAGUCACAUUUGGGUUGAUCAUAAUUCUCUAUCAAAUUGUGCUGAUGGACUCAUUGAUGCUAUUAUGGGGUCAACCGCAAUUACCAUCACCAACAACUAUUUCACCCACCACAAUGAGGUGAUGUUAUUGGGACACAGUGACUCCUACACAAGAGAUAAGCUAAUGCAAGUAACAAUUGCAUACAACCAUUUUGGUGAGGGUCUGAUCCAAAGAAUGCCAAGGUGUAGGCAUGGGUACUUCCAUGUGGUGAACAAUGACUAUACACACUGGGAAAUGUAUGCCAUUGGUGGCAGUGCCAAUCCCACCAUUAAUAGCCAGGGAAACAGAUAUCUUGCUCCUUACAAUGCUUUUGCUAAAGAGGUAACAAAGAGGGUAGACACAGCAGGAGGUUUAUGGAAGCACUGGAAUUGGAGAUCAGAAGGAGACUUAUUGCUUAACGGAGCUUACUUCACUCCAUCAGGAGCUGGAGCAGCAGCAAGUUAUGCAAGAGCUUCAAGCUUGGGAGCCAAGUCAUCUUCCAUGGUUGGCACCAUUACUUCAAACGCCGGUGUACUCGUCUGCCGCCGAGGCCGUCGCUGUUAAUUCUUACUACCCUCAACAACAAAACACACCCUUACGAAAAAAAGAAGAUAAAAAAUUAUCUUUCUGUACUAUUGUUUCAGUUCAGUUUCAUCUUCUUCCACCUCUGUAUUUGUUCUCCAAAAGGAAAAGAAGAAUUGGCAAGUGUACAUUUUUACAGGUGCCAUAGUGCUGCCAAGGCCUACUUCCACUUGUCACCAUUUGGUUGGUUGUUCGACCUCGGCCUUGCUUUAGUUACCGGCCGCAGAGUUGUUCACAUCUUUUGUUUUGUUUUUACUGUUAUAGAUUGAAUUUGUCCAUUUUUCUACUACUUUGUACUAUACAUUUUACCAUCUUUCAAUUCUAAGUGUUGCAAAAUCUUACAUAUCAAAGAUAUUGUUCAAUUAGCACCUAA